AUGUACACACAUUUUUGCGCCAUUUUGCAACAGAAUAAGAAAAAAUGCCAAGAAUCAGCAAGAAAAAAACAAAGUUCUUCAUCCGACAGCGAUAGUGGACCAGACGAUCGCAAUGUUCCGCCGCCAAGUAAGAAAGCCAAGGAAGGCGCCAAAUCAAAUGGUGGCGACUCCGCUUCUGCUGAUGGCGAAGGCGCAACCAACUGGACACUAGAGGGUAUGCGCCAGGUGCGCAUUAACGAAUUCCGUGGUCGGAAGAUGGUUGACAUACGCGAACACUACGAAAAAGAUGGCAAAGUGCUGCCCGGAAAGAAGGGUAUAUCGCUGUCUGCUUCUCAGUGGCGCAAGUUACUCGCUGUUGCCGACGAAGUAACGCGCGCUCUUGAACAAUAAAGAGAGACCAACAUAAACCUCAAAAAACCCAAAACAAACGUGACUCAACCAUACUAAUCGUUUCCUUCUAUUAAACAAACACUCCAACAACAAACCAUACUUAUCUACGUAGAAAUAAACAUUAAUCAUGUUCACACAUUGAA